CUCCUCUGCACUCUGCAGCGCAGCGGUUCCGUUCUGCUCACUUUAUUUCGGCAACGCACGCAAUAAUCACCUGCUCCGCCUCGCUUGGCUUCCUCCGGUGGCGGUGGGGUCCUCCUCCUCCUCCAUCCACCCUGUCCCUGUCUGCCUCUGCGGCUCUGCUCAACCAAACCGGCGAACCGCUCCUCCUCUCCCCCUCUUCCAGAUCCACCUCUCCUCCUCCGAACCAUCUGGGGAUUCCGGACUUGGGCCGGGGACGACGAGCGCGACCAGCACCCGCACGGCGAGGUGGCGGCGUCUAGGCGCGCGGGCGAGAUGGAGAGCCUGGCGCAGCGCGCAGCGCUGCUGCGGGAGUCCCUGCAGAAGAGCCAGCAGGUCACGGACGCCGUCGUCUCCAUCCUCGGCUCCUUCGACAGCCGCCUCUCCGCUCUCGACUCCGCUAUGCGCCCCAUCCAGGUGAGGACGCACGCCGUGCGGACAGCACACGAGAACAUCGACCGCACGCUGCGCUCCGCGGAUGUCAUCCUCACUCAGUUCGAUCGGACUCGAGAGGCAGAGCGUGAAAUACAGAAGGGGCCGCAUGAGAACCUUCAAGGUUUUCUAGAUGCAGUUGAUCGGUUGAGAAGUAUCGAGCGUUUCUUUAGCUCAAAUAGGAGUUACCGGAGUAGUGAUGGGGUGCUCAACCAUGUGAAUGCCCUCCUUUCUAAGGCCCUUGUGAAGAUGGAGGGAGAAUUUCAGAACCAAUUGUCCCAGCGCAGCAAACCUAUGGAACCUGAUCGGCUUUUUGACUGUCUUCCAAGUACACUUCGACCGUCGUCUGAAUCUCAGCCUGAAGGUGGGAAAAACCCAUCAACUGGUUCACAGUCUGAUAAUCAGCAGAACUCAGAGGCUGCUGUAUACAGUCCUCCUGCUCUUAUUGAGCCAAAGUUUGUUCCAUUACUCUCUAAAUUAGCACAACAGUUGGUUCAAGCUGGAUGCCAGCAGCAAUGCUCAGAAAUAUACAGCGAAGCUCGUGCUUCAGCAUUAGAGUCAAGUUUGAAGAACUUGGGUGUUGAAAAACUGAGCAAAGAUGAAGUGCAGAAAAUGCCUUGGGAAAUUUUGGAGUCUAAAAUAGGAAAUUGGAUUCAUUUCAUGCGAAUUGCUGUCAAACUUCUUUUUGCUGGGGAGCGCCAGCUUUGCGACCAAGUUUUUGAAUGCAGUCAAUCUUUGAGGGAUAAGUGCUUUGCUGCAAUAACAAAAAACAGUUUGGCUACACUACUCAGUUUUGGAGAGGCAAUUGCUAUGAGUAAACGAUCACCGGAGAAACUUUUUGUUCUGCUAGACAUGUACGAGAUAAUGUGUGAACUUCAAACAGAGAUUGACACCAUCUUUGUUGGAGAAUCAUGCUCUCAAAUGCGUGAUUCUGCACUGAGUUUGACGAAAUGCUUAGCGCAAACAGCGCAGAAGACUUUCAGUGAUUUUGAAGAAGCGGUUGAAAAGGAUGCAACCAAGAAUAUACAUACUGAUGGAACAGUGCAUCCUUUAACGAGCUAUGUGAUCAACUAUGUUAAAUUUUUAUUUGACUACCAGUCAACUCUAAAGCAGCUUUUCCAGGAGUUCAAAAAGGAAGAUGGAACAGGUUCUGAGUUGGCAGCUGUGACCAUGAAAAUCAUGCAAGCUUUACAAAAUAAUUUGGAUGCAAAAGCAAAGCAAUACAAGGAUCCUGCUUUGAUGCACAUAUUUUUGAUGAACAACAUUCACUACAUUGUCAAAUCUGUCCGCAGAUCAGAAGCCAAGGAUUUGUUGGGCGAUGAUUGGAUUCAAAGGCAUCGAAGGAUUGUACAGCAAAAUGCAAAUCAGUAUAGAAGGAUUGCUUGGUCAAAGGUGUUGCAAUGCCUCUCUGGUCAAGGUUUGACUUCAUCAGGAGGUAGUGGUCAAGUAGGGAGUGAGGGUGGCAAUAGCAGUGGAGCUUCAAGAGCAGCUGUCAAGGAGAGAUUCAGGUCUUUCAAUGUGUUAUUUGAAGAGAUCUAUCAGAAGCAAUGUAGCUGGUCGGUUCCAGAUACCGAGUUGCGCGAGUCACUUAGACUUGCGGUUGCUGAAAUUCUGUUGCCUGCGUACAGAUCUUUCAUAAAGCGCUUUGGGCCACUCAUUGAGAACAGCAAAGCGCCUGGAAAAUACGUCAAGCACACGCCCGAGCAACUGGAGCUGCUGCUUGGCAAUUUGUUUGAGGGGAAACAAGAACGUGCUUGAUAGAUUCUCGCUGCCUAUCAUACCUCAACAAGGACGUGAUGGCGUUCUAUGUAAAUUGGAGCCUCCUGUUAGCAUUGAUUGUGAUCUAGCCAUGGGAGUCAAACAGCUGCUAUGCGCACCGUUCCUUGUUUCGGUGCAUGAUUUGUACAGAAUGUAUGUCAGUUAUGUCCUGGGUCGAUCUGGUAGGUUCUAGGAUUUUUUUUUUGGACAUUUGAGUUCUUAGCAGUGCGCAAAGAAUCCGACUGGCAAUGCUGACGCGUUAAUUGAAUGCAUCAUUGAGAUUUAGUUCGGCA